AUGUUUGCAAGCUGCGACCAUCUGUGGAACCACCUGUGCCUCUCCCAUGUCAACUCCAUGCAUGCGCGCAUGCUAAACAUGAUGAUAAUAUCGACCAGAGCGGACAACUUGAUUUUACCGGCGGCCUACAACAGUGUGGAUACGUUCUUUUUUCUCAGCGGAUUUCUGCUGUGCCUCGCAAUCACAAAACAAAAGAGAAAUAGCAUCCUGGUCUUCGUAAUCGCUGUCUAUCGAAGGCUGAUCAGGACUGGCGUUCCAAUAUUCUUUGUCAUCACGUGCAUCUUCGUGCUUCCACUUGUUGUAACCGGACCGGAUGCCAAAACGUUCUUCCAGAAGUUCAACGAAGAGAUUGGGGAGAACUGGUGGCACUUGAUCAUUCCGAUAAGAAAUUUCUUUGAUAUGACCGAAAGGUCCGUGAUGAUCCAUCUGUGGUAUGUGUCUGCAGACUUCCAGCUUUUCGUCGUUUCUCUGCUGGUUCUACAGCUGCUGAAAAGUCAGAAAAGGCUGGCCAUAGGAGCAUUCAUCGGACUUUCUCUGUUGGGCUGCGCCAUCGCAUUGUGGACUGCGACGGACCCUGAUAUCCUGCCCUUCCUUACCUUUCCUUCCUUCACAGAAACUGUCAUGUUGAAAACCAUGAACAAAUAUUACAUGCGGCCUUUCUACCACGCGAUAUGCUUCUUCAGCGGUUGUAUAACGCUCCUCGUCCUGGACAACUUCAAGAAUCUCAAAAUUUCAAAGGCUAUGAACGCGGCGGGAUGGUUCGUGGCCAUUAGCUGCGCGCUGUGCGUGGUGUUUAUGAAGUCCCCCUGGUACAAAAGACCGGAUCCCACCUCGGAAGCUGUGAAACUGAUCGCGGCCUUCUUUGACCGCUUCCUGUGGUCAAUAUUUCUCUCCUGGUUCAUUUUGGCUUGCGCCACUGGCCGAGGCGGAUUCGUUGCUAAAGUACUCUCCUCGGACGUAUUCGUGCCUCUGGCCAAGCUGUCAUUCGGCGUCUACCUCAUACACUACCCCUUCAUCAUGUUGAUGCAGCAUACUACUAGGGAGCGCCUGCUAUGGUCUCACUUUACUGUGGUGACCCAAUUUUUUGGCGUGUUCGUCUGGAGCAACAUCUUGGCUUACAUGGCGUUCAUCGCUUGUGAUGGACCAACUGCCGCAGUGGACAAGCUGAUUUUCCAAAGACUGAUGGGACGAGGAAGACCCGCAAAGCGAGAGAUGCAGCCGGAUGCUAGCGGCGCAGCAAAUGUAGAGAAACUGGGAGCUAACCAAGUUCCUCCGCUGUGGUCCAAACUUUGAUCUCGUCUGUUCUUUUUUGUCUCCUGUCAUUUGAAUCGCUCAGAAAAAAACUCCGCUGCUGCCGUCGCUUUAAGCGCCGGAGGAUGGCGCGCAGCGCGACUUCUCCUGACAGCUGUCACUCUGCCGCUAGAUUUCACACCUAUAGGAGAAUUAGACAUCGCUCUACUUUUCAUUACCGUGCAGAAGUUUCAAUAAACAUGCGUGAGGAAAACGUGCGAACCUCAUG